CUCACUCGAAUGACCGUGAUCACGCAGUUGAAAACACAACACUGAUCGGGUUUUUCGUCUCUGGAUCUCUCUCCAUUCUCGAUUUUGCAGGCGAGAGAGAACGAUGACGAUGUUUCACUUCUUCAACUGUGCAAUCUUAACGUUUGGCCCUCACGCCGUAUACUAUUCCGCUACUCCUCUAUCUGAGUAUGAUACAUUGGGGACUUCUGUGAAAACUGCUGUUGUCUAUCUUGGCACAGCAUUAGUGAAGCUUGUUUGCCUUGCUACAUUUCUUAAAGUUUCCGAAAGCGACAGUUUUGAUCCCUCUCAGGAACUGUUGAAAGCUUUGAUUGGUUUUAUCGAUGUUGCUGGGCUUUACUUUGCCUUGACUCAGUUGACUCACAGAAACAUCUCACAAAAUCACAAGUUCCAAGCCGUUGGACUCGGGUGGGCUUUUGCUGAUUCUGUUUUGCAUAGGCUGGCUCCACUUUGGGUGGGUGCUAGAGGACUUGAAUUCACUUGGGAUUACAUUCUUCAAGGCCUUGAAGCAAAUGCAAAUCUGAUGUUAAGUCUAUCACUUGCUGCAUUGGGAUCUUUGAUGUGGUUAAGGAAAAACAAGCCAAAGACAUUGAUUCCUAUCAUAUACGCAUGUGCAGGAAUUGUAGCAACAAUGCCUUCUAUCACAAGCUAUUUGAGGUGGGGGUUGAAAUGGCAUCUUCCGGAAGUUGUGGGUUUUCAAGUGUUGACCUCGUUGACCAUGGCUUUGAUCAGCUGGCAACUUUUCUCAGCCUGUCAAAGACCAUCAUCAUCUGCUUGAUUCAGAUGAAUGGGAUUUUUCAGCCUCAAUGGCACUUUUGUUAUUCUUGUAGAAAUUUAGACUAAAUUCGUCAAUCUGUUUUUUGAUUUUACUUGUUUUGCCCUAUUCCACAACUAUUGUUUAGAAAUGAGCUUUCGUUAACAACAAAAAAAUAAAACCCUUAAUUAUGUUGUGCUCUAAAA